UGUUUUCAUCAUCGAGCAAAAACGAUACGUAGAUUUUCUUUGCAGUUUUUCUAAGUAUUUUGUCAUAUUAUGGGAAGAUCCCGGUCUAGAUCACGUUCAAGGGACACAAGGGACACAAGGCACAAACACCGUCACAGAUCACGAAGUGGUUCUAGAGACCGGAAUCGUUCGAGACGUCGUUCAAAAAGUCAUUCACCGUCUCAUGAAGAAGUAGGAAAAAAGGACAAAUUUAAGGAGUUUCGGUCAAGGCCUGCUAAUGGAGGUUUUGCUCCCCGAGCUGGAAAGAGUAAUCAAUUCAGCGAGGAGUAUUUUGAUUACCGCAGAAAAGAGAGGGAACAAAUAAGCACAAUGGGAGUUUCGUCAGCCUGGGGAAGCUCCCCUCCUCGCCUCGAUUGGCCAGAAACAUUGGUAGAUGUAUUUGGAGAAGGUAAGAAACAAAAAAAGAAAAAAUCCAAAGACACAAGCGAAGAUUCAGAUGACAGUAGUGAACCAGAUAAGAAACACAAAAAGAAAAAGUCUAAAAAGAAGAGUGAAAAAAAGAAAAAGGAGAAGCAUAAGAAAAAAUCCAAGAGGAAGAAGUCUAGAAAGCGGGAUACUUCAUCUUCAGAGUCUGACAGUGAUUCAGGAGGGGAGGAACAAUGGGUUGAAAAACCAGUGUUGCCCAAAAUACAAUCACUCAAGAACGGACAUGAGAGCAGUUCUGUUGAAUCAGGAGACGAAGUUGUUGGUCCAGCCCCUAAAGGAGUCGUCCAACUUUCGCAUCGCGAGAUGGGUAAAGCCCUCUUACCUGGUGAAGGUGCGGCCAUGGCCGCUUACGUGCUCGAAGGCAAGCGAAUUCCUCGUCGUGGUGAAAUUGGUUUGACGUGCGACGAAAUCUCGUGUUACGAAGACGUCGGCUACGUCAUGAGCGGUAGCAGACAUCGUCGCAUGGAAGCCGUCCGUCUCCGUAAGGAGAACCAGAUUUACACGGCUGACGAGAAGCGUGCAUUAGCCGUGUUCAGUCGCGAAGAACGUCAGAAGCGCGAGACUAAGAUUCUCGGCCAAUUCCGUCAAAUGGUCAAUAAGAAACUUGGCAAAGAAUAAUCAAUUGCUAUUUUUUGUAAUACGUUUUUUUAUUAUUCUUAUUAUUCAUCUUCGAAUACAAUAUCCUGACGCAAGAGAGAAAAAACAA